AACUCUUUUUUUUAUAAACUGAAACAGUUUUAGGAAUGGAUAAGGGCCAAAUAUUGAACUUUUUUUUUUCUACUUAUCCCCGAUAACCAUAUUACUUUUGUUUUUCCAACACUCGGAAGUCUAUUGUUUAAUAUCGUAACACUACAAUAAUUUUGUUUACACACGGAACAUUCGUGUCGAUCGGUUACCAUCCGCUGUUGUCUUUCAAUUACCAUUUCGUAAUCAUUUAUGUUGAAUUUUUAGCCUCAUUGUACAUUUUUCAAUAGAGAUACGGUUGUGAAACGAUUUCUGCCGAUCAGCACUAAUAUUCGGGCGGCACGGACGGACUUUUAUAUCCGACAUCGGGCGUUUGAAACCAGUCAUCGAUCGCUAAGCAAUCCGUCAACAUGAAGUACGCUCUAGUAUUGCUCGUCAUCUGCCUGGUCGGAACACUAGCCGAUCAAAGCCAACCGCGCUCGAAGAAGGACAUCGUGCCGGCCGUGAAGAACAAGCUGUGCGUCUUGGCUGACGUGUCAAAAACCGGAAAGAAAACGGUCGUGUGUGGCGACGCGGCCCCACCGACCUUGGCCAUGCUGUUGGCCGAGAAAACGGAAAACGCCGCGACCGCCAUUGCCAACCAAGAUAGGCGAACCGAUGCGAAAACCGCUUCGGCCAAGUGCAACCUGCUCAAACCCAAACCCGUGAAAGUGUACGUGCAACAGCCCGAACACCACCAGGAACUGUCCACCUAUGUGCUCCCUCAGGUGCAGCAGUACGUGCAACCUCAAGUGCAGUACGUACAACCUCAGGUGCAGUACGUGCAACCGCAGGUACAUUACCAGCAACCACAAGUGCAUUUGGUACAGCCUCAAGUGCACGUGGUAGAACCUCAGGUGCACGUUUUACGGCCGCAAAUCCACUACGAGCGGCCUCAGGUGCACUACGAACAGGCUCAGGUGCAGUACGUGCAACCGAUGAAGUCAUUGUGCCCCACGUACGAUCAGAACGGCGGUUACGGCGGUGGAUCAUACUACGGCCGAUCGGUGGCCGACGACGGUUACCCGACCAUGGUCAGGACUGUCGAUCCGGAGCUAUCGGUCGACGACGUGCCGAUAAUGCGUACCGUGGACAUCGCGACGAUCCCUUUCGACCAACCCGGUCGCGACUCGAUCGACUACGACACGAUCGACGCCAGACGGUUCGCUCCUGCCGCGUUCAGGUCGGUCAUGAUGAAGAACGCACCGGAACCGUCAUAUGGCUACAACGGUCAAGCGCGGCAGAUGAUGCAGAUGCAACAGCAGCCGAUGCAAAUGCAACCGAUGCAGCAGCAGUACCCGAUAUCCAGCUUUGGCGGGGUCCUGUCGCAACAGCCCUCGUUCGACGCCAUCCUUCCACAAAUGGUCCAGGAGAGGAUGGACGACGGUAUGAGACGGCAGUACGGCUACUCGGUCCAGUCGGAGUCCAUGAUGCCGUACGCCGUGGCACCUCCAAGGGCCACCGGGGAGCAGAGUGUUGGCCGAAUGGUGUCGGUGGACGGUACCGCUGCUGCACUCGACGACGGCGACGAUGCGGAAUCAGGAGAAUCGGAGAAGUCGGCUUCCGAGGAUCCGAAAAACGUCAAACAGUAUGGCGAUGCAGCGAUCGCAAAGUCCGACCCGAAGGACUCGAAAUCGACUGUUGAGCGUAAGAUAAUUGGAUAGGAAAUCGCGGACACACGUCUAUCGUAGGUCCUUUUGAACGCAACGAACGUUCGGUCGAAAGUUAAGUCGUGAUUCUCUAAAUCAAUAUCAUGCUUCGUUUUCGACUACAAUGUUCCUAAUUAAUCGAUCAAUGUUGUUAUUUAUUGCGUAAUGGUUUGACAAGUUGAACCGAAAAGAUUAAAAAUAAGAUCAAUGAUUUUUAUACGUUUUUUUUAUUAUUAUUACUAAUCCAGCAACCUAUGUUGAAAACUCGUGAAUGAUAUUAUUAAAUGUAAUC